UCAUUCUCUCGUUUGUUUGUCCUCUUCCACGCAUGUCUUUUAAAAUAGAAGAUAAAUGAUGCUGUGGUAUAACAAAUGGAGCUUGGAAGAAUGCUCCAUCCCCUGAAUAACCCAAAGACAGAUUGAACUGGGGACAUGUUGACGUUGGCCUGAAAUCUCAUUUAUCCAUUUGUAGAAAAUGAAUCGACAUUUAAGCGUCCACAGCUCCAUCGUGACUUUUGAAACGGACUAAAGAAUAUGUUUAUUUUAUUGAUCAGGACCCCCAUCAUAUCCAACUCUGGUACUUAUUUUGUAGGACACUGCAUGCUCUCUGGCCUGUAUAAAAGGGGGGAAAGGUUGUCAAAACUCCUUAGAGCUGUUUCUUUUUGCCUGCUUCUGUCCCUGUGUCUGCCGAGGAACCCUGCACUUCUAUCCUGCCUUCCAGCCUUCUGACCUCUUCUAACAGUUGUCUAUAUGUACCCUGUAGAACCGAAUUUGUGUGACAACCAACUAAUCGCAAAUGCGUCUCUACAGGAAUACAUGGGCAACUCAAAAGCUACACUCGUCAAGAACUGCUUUUCCCUUUCUAUGUACUGCUUUUCUACGUUCUUGUUGUGUUCUAAUUGUGUCCAAUUCUCUAGUUUUUAUUUAUUAAUUUAUUUAUUUAAUCAGAGCCUUCUUAUUUCUCGUGCGUAAUAGCAUUCGGCGCGGUUCUAAUUAAGAUAGCUAACAUUCCUGUGAGCAAAGUUAUUUAAUAACCACUUUCAUUAGUGCACUACAGGGUGGGCGAGUAACACUUAUUUAAGCAGGAAUGUGAAUGAUACUUAGAGGAGCUUUUGAGACCCUUUCUUUUAGUGGACAGUGAUUUGUGGCCUUCUGGAACCAUAAAACUUAUCCAAGGUGUCACCGAUCCAAUCCAUCAGACCCAAAACUAUUUCGUCAUUGUUCAACAAACCGAACAUAUGCUUGGGAGAAAGAAUGGGUGAGGGGGUGUCUUAAGAUCAUUUUAACAUUUUCUCCAAUUUGGGGGUUCAUUGAUAAAUAAUUCAAGCAAUUCCCGCAAACACUUUAAGAUUCAAAAACAAAAAAAACAAAGUUCACUCUUUUUAGUUUAUGUCCUUAGUGGGACAACUAUAUUUCUUCUGCAAGGUCUUCUGAGACAGCUGGGCAAGGUCGGGCCGUGAAAAAUGUAUCUAAUUGUUGGUGAAUGGAGAUGAUUGAGUUGGCCAACUUAUAGAUAGGUUGCCAAGUUAGUGUUUGUGUCAGCAGCAUAGGUAUCGCUGUGCGCCUUCUGAUCUCGGUACUAUGCUUAACAUUCAGAAUUCUCCUUUAUCGUUCUUUAUCCAUCUCGAGAUCAUCCUGCUGACCCAAGCACCAAAAACGUGCUGCCCCAUAAAGGGCCUAUACAUCACUUGGAGGUAAGGCCUACCUACUGGUCUUAAUGAGGGAGGGCUGGAGAGAGAGAGAGAGAGAGAGAGAGGGAGAGAGUGAGAUAGAGAGAGAGAGGGAUUACAAUAGGCACAAAUGAAUGUGUAUUUGGAAUCAUCUUUGGUUCCUUAUCCGGGAACUACCUCUCACGCUGCCAUUGGGCCACCGCGUCACGUGGUAAAAGUAACUUUACAGGGUUGCUCGCUAGUAGGAGGGCUUUAUGGAGCAGAAAAACGACAAAGCUAGAAAAAUUAUUUUUCACUCCAGAAAUUAAUGAUCAUGAGCUCGUAUUUGAUGGACUCUAACUACAUCGAUCCGAAAUUUCCUCCAUGUGAGGAAUAUUCGCAAAAUAGCUACAUCCCCGACAAUCCCGAAUAUUACAGCCGAGCGAGGGACACUGGCUACCAGCAUCACCACCAGGAGUUAUACCCUCCACGGUCAGGCUACCCGGAGCGCCAGUACAACUGCCCCAGCAUCCCCGAGCCUGACACCCAGCGAGGACAUGGACUACCACACUCUGGGCACCUGCUCACAGGCAAGGGGCAACCCGCCUCAUGUGAACCCCAGUUACCCAUGUCCCCAUCCACCCCACCGACAGCCGCAGCCGCCUGCAACCAAGCCACGCCGGAACACCCAAACAGCUCAGCCUCCGCUAAGCAGCCCGUAGUAUACCCAUGGAUGAAGAAGAUUCACGUCAGCACCGUGAAUCCCAAUUACAAUGGAGCGGAGCCCAAGCGGUCUAGAACUGCUUACACCCGCCAGCAGGUUUUAGAGUUGGAGAAGGAAUUCCACUAUAAUCGCUACUUAACGCGGCGGAGGCGCAUCGAGAUUGCCCAUACCCUGGUUCUCUCGGAACGGCAAAUCAAAAUUUGGUUUCAGAACCGCAGGAUGAAGUGGAAGAAGGACCAUAGGCUCCCCAACACCAAAGUCAGAUCAUCAUCUUCCACGGGCAUAUCCAGCGGGUCCAACACAGCCUCUGCAGUCAGCGUUGUAGGAGCAACGUCGGCUCCAGGCAGCCUCACAACUACCGAUGAACUCUCCGGAUCUGACCGUGGCGAGGAUAUUACAAGAUUCACGUGAGGAAUGGAAAAGUGGCUGGUGCUCCGGGAAGGACUCUUUGUCCGUCUCCAAGUUGCAGUCGGACAGCUGA